AUGUCGGAGGAGGUGGAAAUUAAGACGUACUUUAAGUUGGUAGAUGUUGUAAAAUGGUUCGGGAUUACGCAGUUUGAAAUGCUCGUGAAUUUGAUAGCGUUUCUGGUGUUCACAAUCGUUCUCACGCUCAAGGCAUAUAGCGGGGCUCUUUACGGAACGCUAUCUACCGGUGAUUGGUUGGUUAUGUUCUCGCCGCUCUUUUGUGGUGAUUUCUGCAACGCCUAUUUCUGCAUAAUCGUGGGCAUUCGGAUGUACCUUGGAAAUAAGCAUCGCCAGGCCAUGCACCGGCUGCUGUGGAGUAUUCAUUUUCUGUUGCUCACCGCCGGCUUCAAGUAUCUGAUUUGUAUGAAGGCGGGCCAGAGUGGGCUUGAAUAUAGCGAGGUAUUUUCGCCCAUCAUAGUCCUGCUGCAGAUGAUCGCCGUUAAAGCAUGCCAAUCGAACCAACAAUCCUGAUCACACGCCCAGUUGCGCAGAGAGUUGCUGCCUUUUAGCAAUGAUGUCGUCAUUGGAACAGUUGUUAUGCAAUAGGAACAGUGUUUCCCUUCAGUGGCUAAUGUGUAUAAUAAAAACGAAAAUAUUGUCCCUUUUUUAUUCGCUACUAGGCAGACUGAAACGUGUAAAUAUAUCUUCAGUGCCCUCCGGAGAUGCGUCAUCGAGAUGCUAGGGGUCUAUUGUCGCUUUGCCUAUAGGGGGGCUAAACAUUAUCAACUAACUGACCCCUGUCACUGACCAACAGAGGUUUAUCUCGUAACAAUGACGAUGCCUGAUACACUGGAAAAGAGGAGUUUCAAGUUUUUCGCUUUAAUUUCCGUAGACUUUAGUUGAUUAAAACACCGAUACAAGAAAUAGGAAGAAAAUGUAUGAAAUAAUGAAAAAGAAUAAAA